AUGGCUCCGAAACCAAAAUUACCUAAAUCGCAUGUGGACAAUAGUGUCGGAGAAAGAAGACUCCGACAAAUUUACGAUUGGCUUGACAAUGGUAAUAACAAAAAUGCCUUACAAGAAGCAGGAAAGGUCCUCAAAAAACAACCAGACUUUUUGUGUGUUAAGGUCUUGAAGGCUCUGGCUUUGUUGAGAUUAGGUAAAGAAGAUGAGUGUCAUGAGCUCUUAGAGGCUGUUCAGAAGGAGGUGCCCAUUGACGAUCAGACUCUACAAGCCAUGCAAAUUUGUUACCGUGAAACUCAGCAACCCAACAAGAUUUGUGAAAUGUACGAUGCUGCCUCUAGAAAGGACCCAACUAAUGAAGAGAUUUUGACAAAUUUGUUCAUGGCUCAUGUUCGACUUGGGGAUUACAAGCAACAGCAACAAACAGCUUUGCGCUUGUACAAAGUCAAACCCAAGAAUCCAUACUACUUUUGGGCAGUCAUGAGUGUUGUCAUGCAAGCCUAUCAUGCUGAUGAAAAACUAGCUCGUAUGGUAACAUUACCAUUAGCUGAAAGAAUGGUACAGAAGUUCAUAGAUGAGGGUAAAAUUGAAGCAGAACAGGAAGUCCAACUGUAUUUGCUAAUCUUAGAAAAGCAGGAGAAAUACAAAGAAGCCUUGGAAGUUGUUGAAGGUCCCAUGGGUGAGCGACUGAUCUCUUAUGUGACAGUUCCUCAGAAGAAAGCAAGUCUUUAUGUGAAGUUAAAGCGAUGGAAGGAUUCCAUUGUUAUAAGUAAAUCUCACUUAAGAGAAAACUUGGAUCAUUGGCUUUCAAUUAAGAACUACCUCACUUCCGCCAUGUAUUUAAUGGAAGAUGGAGAAGACUUGACAUCAUCAGAUGUUGAAUAUGUUCUUUGGAGCCGAGCCGAUUCAAGUAUUCCCCAAAUUAAGGAGUUCUUGAACUUGCUUAUGACUGAAAUGAAGAGAAGGGGUAAGACUGUCCGGGGACCUUACCUUGCUUGGCUUGAGCUUUACAAGAUGGUGCACGAAAAGGGCCAAGAUGCUGAUCAACUAGUUGGUGACAUUAUAGAACUCUUCGUGCAGUAUUUCCGUCGCUUUGGAGAUCGUAGUUGUUGUCCAUUAGAUUUAAAGCAAUAUUUACCAUUGAUACCUGUCCAGUGUCGUGGAGACUUCAUCAAGGGUAUCUGGCAGAUAGUUGGUUUAGAGGAUGGAGAACUGCCUGAUACAGUGUAUCGAAUGCAACAACAUAUAUCAACAAUUCUUCUCAGCCGUCAUCUUGGUUACCAUGAAAGUCUAUCAUCUGCUGAGAAGUUACAAUUGACCACUUGCUUUUUACGCUACUUCCAACAUGGCAUGCGGUUCAAUAUAGAUCCCCUCCCUACAGAUUUUCUGAGCAAUGAUUCUUAUGUGUUACUAAUGGCUCACUUGUUAUAUGAUGUAUGGGUGGAAACUCAAGAUAAUUCCAGACUGCUAGAUGUAUUACUUCUUCUUGAGCAUGCAUUACUGAUGUCUCCAUCCAAUUUCCACUUUAAACUUCUACUUGUGAAAUGUUACCAUAUUCUUGGUGCUGGUGCGGCUGCCCAUGAUGUUUAUGAAACAUUGGAUAUCAAGCACAUGCAGCUAGAUUCACUUGGAUACAUACACGGUGGAGCUGUUCAAGCAACAGGCCAAUAUGGUGUUGCAAGCAGCUUGUAUGACGUUACUUUGCGCUUUUUCACUGUCAACUACAAAGAUAGUGUCGAUUACCUCUCUUUCACGUAUAAAUUUGGAUCUUUCAUGAAAAUUGAAGAAUUUGUGGAAUUCAGAGAGAGAUUAAGCAGUUCAGUUCACUAUGCUUUGGUCACAGUGGAGAGAAUGCUUCUUGACAUACUUCAAAGUACAGCCCAUCCUCAAAUGCUAAAGGUCAUUAGUCAGAUGGAAAUCCAAGCUGAAAAGGAUAAAAUGGAUUGGCGAAGAAUGACAGAUAAUAGAGAUCUUACAGCAUAUGCGUGCUGGGAUCCUCCAGAAAGGCAAGUUAGUGCUGAUUUGACUACAAAAACUCGUGAUGCUGACUUGGCCUUUGUAAGGCUGCGUAUGCUGCUUUUGCGGGGCCUUGGUGCAGCAGCAGAGCUGUGCAGUAUAGACUCAUUGCUCCCACCUGAAGAGUCCAAGGUCAACAAGAGUGAUAGCAAUAACAGUACUGUUAAUGGAAAUGCUUCACCUCAACACCCUCUUAUAUCACUGGAGAAGGUUACUUCCGAAUUGAAAAGCACCUUGCAGUGUGCAGAAGCAGAAGCAGUGAAAAUGGACUCAUCUAAAAUAAUUGGUGCACCACUGCCAUCCCGAAUUUAUGAUUACUUGGAGACAAAUUCCGUUCAGCUUCAACUGGAAUUAUUCUCUUUGAUAUCCACACUCAUUCGCAGCACUGCUGAUGAAGAUAAAACUAAAGCAUUUACUGAAGUUGGCAGUCGAGCAACUUCAAUCCUUCAGAGCAGCGUACAAAGUGCUAUUAAAUCAGUGCUGGAAGCUAAAUGUGUGUCUCUUAAUACAAGGCGAGCAGUCUUCGAACGUGCAGUUAAUGUAGUUGAGAUGGUGUGCCUUGCUGUAGUAUUGUGUGGGGUCAUAAACAACAUUCUGGAGUCAGCAAAGCAGGCAGCCAACAAAAAAGCCAAGAGGAAACAAAAAGCUGGGUCUGCUCAGUGCCCAGAAAUUGUGGAGGCACACAAUAAAUUUAUGUCUGAAAUUCAAGCUAUUGCCACUGAACUUCACACAGCUCUAGGGAACCUCCGUCUACGCAUCUCAGUGGAGGCAUUCCAUUCUCAAGCCCCAUUGAUAACAGCCAAUUCAAUCAAAGAAGGGACCGUCUGUCGAGUCCCAGCUGUUGGAACUCUUCCAACCAUUGGCCCAGAUGACAUCAGUGCUUUAAGCACCGGCAUGGCUCAGCUCGUGCUUAGUUAUGAAAACAGAAAAAACAAGGACAAAGGAUAUUCUGUGAAUGUUAGUGCCAAACUAUCGGAAAGCUAUGAAGACUCGGUGCUAGAAAUAAUAACUGUUUUGCAACAGAAGAUGACAUACCUAGAUAGUACAAAAUUAUAAGGGGGUCAAAAUUUUUGGCUUCAUUACACACAUGCUUUUGUGCAUUGCAUGGUCUUCUAAAGGCAAGGCAAUAUUUUUCUUUCAUGUCGCGUUGUCACAUAAAACCCUUAGAUUUUGAAUCAAAUUGGUGUGUAAUUGUGAUAUUUAUAUUAACUUUGAACCUGUGAGUUUCUUAAUAACUCUGCUUAUGUGAAAAAAAGCCCAAGUGAUUGCUCCUUUCUAGUUCCUCCACACUCCUGUUCUGUUUAUGCCCAUUUCCUGCUUUAAAAGAUUGUUUUGCCCUGGGUGUCAUUCUUUCAUUUUAACAUACAUUUAUACCAGUUGGUAAAUUCCUUAGCUCUUAUUUCAGAGCUGUGUUGAAUUCAUAUUACCUGUAACAUUUCUCCUUUAAGAGCAUAAUACAAUGCACUUAGCUGUUGAUAAGCAAGGACCAAUAAGCUUGUAACCAACCUACUAUGAAGUUACUCCCAAUACAACGUUUUUCCUUAAAAUGAAACUUCUAUUACCGGUGUAUUUUUUGCAUGUAAUCUAAGUCAUGUUAAAUAGUGUAAGGUUUCAGUCAAUUGUUUAAGAAACAAAGGCCAUCUAAAGUUCUAUUACUUUUUUAAAUUAACAAAAAAUAACUCAAUAAAAAUGUCAUGCAUCAAAGUAGUGAAAAGGAAGGUGAAUGUCACUCACACUUUCAACUUUCCCUCUAAUUUGUAAGAAUUAGGCUUGGUAUCAUCAAAAAAAUGGGCUGUGCAUUGUGCUUUGGAUUGGCUUGAUCUUUCAUUCCUUUGCAUUUGUGCUCAGUGAUUUGUAUUUGUAUUUAUUUUUGAAGUAUAACAUCACGCAUUUGGUAUAAAGGGCAUCAUGUUUUUUUCUCUUUUUACCCUGUGUUUGUUUGUUUUGUUAGUUAUAGGCAGUAACCAAUUUUAUGAUCUUUGAGCAAUGUAUGAAUCUUGUUUUAGCAAUCAAUUCUUUAGCAUACCCAAGAUACUACUUCUUGUCAAAUUGUUCCAAACAUUAUUUGUAAAUUUUCUGAUUUUUAAGAAUAAUAUUUGAAAUGAAAUUUUGUUCUCUGUAUGGUUUUUAAUGUCUAGAGUGUAACUGUUUUGAGUGAAAUGUCUUAAAUAUUGGAUUAGGCGAUCUCUCUAUGACUGAUCUUUUCACUAUUUUGAUACGCUGUUUAUAACUGCGACCUGUGAAUGCUGUGACUUUAGAUACUGCCAAAAUAAUUGAGAACAUCUUUGUGGCAUGUGAAUGUGUCAGAAUAAUUUCCUAUUUGUUAAGAAUUUGUCAGUGCUGUUGUGGUCAUUAAAACAAAAAAAACAACAACA